UCCUCACCGCGCUCAGUCUCCAGGACGGGCGGGCUGAGUUCAUGCAGGGGGUGCGAGGCAGCGCUGGGCCAGGGCCAGGGGCCGGGCCGGGCCGCCGGCGGCUCCCAAUAAAGUUGUUGUUGAGACGGAGCCGGGCUGGCGCGUGGCCAGAGGCCGGGAGAGGAUCGGGCAGGGCGGCAUGAUCGGCACCGUGCUCUGCUACCUGCUGCUGCCCGCGGCGCGGCUCCUCCGCGCCCUCCGAGAUGCUUUCUUUACGUGUCGAAAGAACGUGCUUCUGGCGAAGAGCCCGACUGCCCAGGUAGGGGGCAUCUCUUCUGUGCCCAGCAGGAGGUCAGUCCCAGAAGAGGAGGAAGCCCUGCUGCAGCAGCAGCUGGAGGAGGAAGCUGGUGGGCUACACAGCUCUGAGAGUGCUCUAGCAGUGGGGAAGGUGUCAGCCACACUGACUAGUGACUGGCUGGAAGGCUCGGAAUUAUUGAUGACCAGCCUCAGCAAUCUGAAUGUGGCAUCAGAGGUCACAUGGUGCAGUGAUCAGCAACAUGAUGAGCUACAUACCUUAAUGUCUCUAGGACCAAAGGAACAUGUUGCAGUCACACUGGCAAAAUUACCAGAAGAGGAAAGUGUGGCUAUGGUGGGCAUUGCAGCAUGGUCAGCUGUAAGGACGCAGACCGAUCACCAGAUUAGUGGCUGCACCCCUUCAGCCCUGGAAAGGGAGGAUGAAGAUACUGCUGUGCUGGGCUGGAGCUUAGUGCAUGACACAGAGAUAGUGCCAGAGGAGGUCACAGCCUGGCCUGUUUAUGAUACAGGACAAUUCCAGCCUUUUCCAGCAGAGAGUUCUUACCAUGAGAUUUUAUGGAGGGACUGGGAGGAUCUCUGUAUCCAACUUGCUGUUCCAGAGCUGGGCUCAGAGAAUGGGCCUCUGUUUGAAUUCCGAGUCAUGUCUUACAACAUUCUGGCCCAGGACCUGGUGGAGCAGAGCCCUGAUCUCUACCUGCAUUGCCAACCAGAUAUCCUGGACUGGAGCUAUCGUCUCCCAAACCUCUUGCAGGAGAUCCAGCACUGGGACCCUGAUGUUCUGUGUCUCCAGGAAGUGCAGGAGAAUCACUACUGGGAACAGCUGGAGCCAACAUUCAGGAUGAUGGGCUUUGUGUGCUUAUACAAACGGAGAACAGGAAAAAAGACAGAUGGCUGCGCAGUUUGCUACAAGCACAGCAGGUUCCAGCUGAUCAGUGCCAGCCCUGUAGAAUACUUCCGGCCUGGCCUGGACAUCCUAAACAGAGACAAUGUGGGUCUGGUGCUGCUGCUGCAACCUCUACUCCCAGAGGGUGUAGGACAGAAAGCAACAAGCCCCCUGUGUGUGGCUAACACUCAUGUGCUGUAUAAUCCCCGCCGAGGAGAUAUCAAACUUGUACAGAUGGCCUUGCUCCUAGCAGAGGUUGACAAGGUUGCGAAAACCGUUGAUGGCAGCUACUAUCCUGUCAUCUUGUGUGGAGACCUGAACGCUGUGCCUGAUUCUCCAUUGUACAAGUUCAUCCGGAAUGGUCAGCUCUCCUACCAUGGGAUGCCAGCCUGGAAGGUUUCUGGACAGGAAGACUUCUCCCAUCAGCUGCACCAGUGGAAGCUGCAGACCCCACUCUGGCACAGCAGUCUGGGUAUAACGGACAACUGUCAAUAUGUCUCUCUUUGCCAGACAAAGAAAUCAGACAGACAAAAGUACAGCCGGGACUUCCUGCUUCAGUUCCGUUUCUGUGAUGCUGCCUGUGAACGACCUGCACAUCUGAUUCUGUGGAAGGGUGUGACAGAUGUUAAACCAGACCGCCCUGCACAUUGGCCCAAGCAUCUCACCAUAGUGAAUGAUCCUGAUCCAGAGCGCUUCUUCCCAAGGUCUCCAGGUGUUAUCCGGCAUGGCCUUAAUCUGACCUCUGCCUAUAGCCACUUCUUGCCCCAGAGAGGUCGCCCUGAGGUCACAACCAUGCCCAUGGGCCUUGGAACUACAGUUGAUUAUAUCUUCUACUCGGCAGAGCCCAUUGAGAAUGGGAACGAAAGGGGUCGCAGGCUAUAUCGAGAUGGAGCCCUGAAGCUGCUUGGCCGCCUCUCCCUGCUCUCCGAAGAUGUCCUGUGGUUGGCAAAUGGCUUACCCAAUCCAUUUUGCUCAUCUGAUCACCUCUGCCUACUGGCUAGCUUUGGCUUGGAGAUCUCCAGUGCCUGAGAGAUGGGGAUCAUGUGGGUUGAGCUGGACUGAAUGCAGAAUACAGAAAUUGUGCAUUCAGAGCCUCAGUUGGCUCACAGGAAACUUCCUUUCCAUUUCCCCUGCACCCCCCAUGUAACAGGAGCAUGAGGGGCCCAGAGAGGUUGAGACCUUCCCUGCAUUGCUACUCCAUGGGACUCCAUUACUGGCUGAUGCCCAGUUGUUCUCUGGCUGCACUAUCUCUUACAGGGACCUGGGAAAUUAACUUCCUUACCUAUUUGGUUCUGCUACAUCUGGCAGACAUUAUAGCUGUGAUGUUCUUACACUGCAGGAAUCAACAUGACUUCCGCUUAUUUA